CCUAUUUUUCCGCACCCACAGCCCAUACACCUCCUUCCCUUCCAUGCCCUCUUCACCUUGCUCUUGUCCUUUCUCUGGAAAAGUGAAGGUACUUCGCCUUCCUUGUCUUGUCGUCACUCACCUUGUCGCCUGAGCAGGAAUCUGGGACUCUGAUUCACCGCAAUCCAGAUCAAAGAAGGAUAAGAUUACACCGACUGCUGUAGGUCCCAAGGGGGUUUUGUCUACACCUUCUCCGGUGCAAGGAGAUUCCAGUCCACUUACUUGCGAUCAUCCAAGGCAUCUGCGAUCAAAGAGAAUACCCACAACGAGAUCGGACAGAGUCAUAGCCCAGCGAGCCUCCCGUGCUCCCCCUUGUCCGCUUUGCUGUCGCCUCUUGAUCUACUGCAGCAAUGGACCACGACAAUAACCGUCUUCGACUGAACUUUCAGUUCGACAACCAACAUAAUUUUGAUGCCGCCAAUGCUCGAAUGUAUCCCACUACUCCAUCCACCUUUCCUCAGCCGAUCUAUGGCACUCAACAGCAAGAUUAUGCUGGUGGUCUCGUGUCGCCAAAUCCCAACACGAACACCGGCUAUUUCUUGAAUCAACAAUACCCUUCUCAGUCGCAUCAGGCUCAAUAUCAGCAGCAAUAUCAGUACCAGCCACAGGGUGGCCUCCAAUCUCCUCAACCCGCCUACCAAGCGAACUCACGGCCCUACAUGACGAACAACAAUGAUGCAACGAGUGGUCUCAUCCAACAGUUUUCCAACCAAGAUUUAGGGGCGACCCCACGUGUCAACGCCAACCGCACUCCGUCACCUGCCAUGUCGCGUCCUCGGACAGCCGGCGAGGCCAGACAAGUCCAGAAUCCCUACCAAAGUCAUCUUGCACCACCGAUGCCGAGACCUUCACCAAAACCUGAAGAGGAGGAACAACCAAACCCGCGCAGAUACUCUGAUAAUGUUCUUAAACGAGGGACGGCUGCUAAGCAGUUGGUUAACAGUUUCUUUCAAGAGAACAUUGAGCGAGCCAGGGAUAGGAACAGUCGUGCGAAAGAGCUGGAGGCCCUACUCAAGAACCCCGCCGUCAGCGAUAUCGAGAAACAAAAGGAAAUCAACACUCUCGCGCAGAAAGAGGCGCGCUUCCUACGCUUCAUCCGAACGCGAGAAGUGCCUUCAAACUUCACUACCAUCAAGGUCAUUGGCAAAGGAGCAUUCGGAGAGGUCAAACUGGUGCAACGCAAAACUGACGGAAAGAUCUAUGCUUUGAAGUCUCUGAUAAAGUCGGAAAUGUUCAAAAAGGAUCAAUUGGCCCACGUUCGAGCGGAGCGUGACAUUCUGGCAGACUCCAAGGACAACCCAUGGCUGGUUAAGCUACAUGCUUCGUUCCAGGACAACACGUACCUAUACAUGCUGAUGGAAUUCUUACCCGGUGGUGAUCUGAUGACUAUGCUGAUCAAAUACGAAAUCUUCUCGGAAGACAUCACGCGGUUCUACAUGGCUGAGAUUGUCAUGGCUAUUGAAGCUGUCCAUAAGCUUGGCUUUCUUCAUCGUGACAUCAAGCCAGAUAACAUCCUCCUGGAUAGAGGUGGUCAUAUCAAAUUGACUGACUUUGGUCUCUCUACCGGCGGUCGCAAACAGCACGAGAACUCGUACUACCAAGCACUUCUCAAGGCUGGAGCCAACGAUAAGUCAGGAAACCGAAAUUCGAUGGCCCUGAAUGAGCAGAUAAAUCUGACCGUCAGCAACCGGGGGCUGGUGAAUACUUGGAGGAAAUCGCGUCGUCACAUGGCCUACUCGACAGUAGGGACACCGGACUACAUUGCUCCUGAAAUUUUCCUCGGUCAAGGUUACACGUAUUUAUGCGACUGGUGGUCCGUUGGAGCCAUUAUGUUCGAAUGCUUGGUUGGCUGGCCACCCUUCUGCGCCGAAGACACACACGACACAUAUCGCAAGAUUGUCAACUGGCGGGAAUCGUUGUAUUUCCCAGAUGAACUGGUCUUGGGUCGAGAUGCCGAAGACAUGAUCAGAAGUUUCCUCUGUGACGCCAAUGAUCGAUUGGGCAAAGAGGGAGGAGCACAUGACGGCGCGUCGUCCAUCAAGAAACACCCUUUCUUCCGAGGAGUGGUGUGGGAUCAACUACGGAAAAUCCGAGCACCAUUUGAACCGAAGCUGUCGUCGAACAUCGACGUCAGCUACUUCCCCAUUGACGAGAUUCCUCAAGAGGAUAACAGCGCGAUGCACCGGGCACAUGCCAAACAGAUCUCGCCAGAACAAGACGCCGAAAUGAGCUUGCCAUUUAUUGGAUACACAUACAAAGCGUUUACUGCAUUCCAAAACUCAUAGAGAAGACGCCGCGGCUUGCAAAAGGAGAACGAGAAGAAAACGGACGAGAGGAGUAUGAGAAUGUCACAUCUCUAGCAUGAAUGUCGAUGAUAGAAUGCAUGUGGGGGGCUCAAAAGCAUUCAAGAUAUACGUAUCACGGCGAAGUUGCUGGCCGCUCGGGCGGGCAUAUCCUGGAUGAACACGGGAGAAAGGCGAGCAUUUUCAUGGCUUUCAACCACAUUUACCCAGCCCAUACAGGGUUGCGUUGGUCUACAGAGAUUGUGCUAUCCAAGCACUCUCCUUUUUUCGUUACAGCUGUUAGCAUGUCUUUAGCCACAAUCUAAUCGAUUGAAAGGACUGCA